AUGGGUGACAAAGGCCUUGAGGAUCUUCCUGAGGGACAGAUCGAGUCCAACUACGAUGAGGUCACUGACUCCUUCGACUCCAUGGACUUGAAGCCCGAGCUGCUUCGCGGUGUCUACGCUUACGGUUUCGAGCGUCCCUCCGCCAUCCAGCAGCGUGCUAUCAUGCCCAUCAUCAAGGGUAACGAUGUUAUCGCCCAGGCUCAGUCCGGUACCGGUAAGACCGCUACCUUCUCCAUCUCUGCUCUGCAGAAGAUCGACCCCGAGGUCAAGGCUUGCCAGGCUCUCAUCCUCGCUCCCACCCGUGAGUUGGCCCAGCAGAUCCAGAAGGUCGUUGUCGCCAUCGGUGACUUCAUGUCCCUCGACUGCCACGCCUGUAUCGGUGGUACCAACGUCCGUGAGGACAUGACCGCUCUCCGUGCCGGUCCUCAGAUCGUUGUCGGUACCCCCGGCCGUGUCCACGACAUGAUCCAGCGCCGUGUCCUUUCUACCACCGCCAUGAAGCUCUUCAUCCUCGACGAGGCCGAUGAGAUGCUGUCCCGUGGUUUCACCGAGCAGAUCUACGACAUCUUCCAGCUCCUCCCCCAGUCUACCCAGGUCACCCUGCUCUCCGCCACCAUGCCCCAGGAUGUCCUCGAGGUCACCACCAAGUUCAUGCGCGACCCCGUCCGUAUCCUUGUCAAGAAGCAGGAACUUACCCUUGAGGGUAUUAAGCAGUUCUACAUCGCUGUUGAGAAGGAAGAGUGGAAGCUCGACACCCUGUCCGAUCUCUACGAGACCGUCACCAUCACCCAGGCCGUUAUCUUCUGCAACACUCGCCGAAAGGUCGACUGGCUCACCGACAAGCUCACUGCUCGUGACUUCACUGUCUCCGCUAUGCACGGUGACAUGGAGCAGGGCCAGCGUGAUGUUAUCAUGAAGGAGUUCCGUUCCGGUUCUUCCCGUGUCCUGAUCGCCACCGAUCUGCUUGCCCGUGGUAUCGAUGUCCAGCAGGUCUCCCUGGUUAUCAACUACGAUCUCCCCGCCAACCGCGAGAACUACAUUCACCGUAUCGGUCGUGGUGGUCGUUUCGGUCGUAAGGGUGUUGCCAUCAACUUCGUCACCGCUGACGAUGUUCGCAUGCUCCGCGAGAUCGAGCAGUUCUACUCCACCCAGGUCGAGGAGAUGCCCAUGAACGUUGCUGACCUCAUCUAA